UCUCCGCUCCUCGACGCCAUAUUGCUCUCAGCUGAAACUCGGGAGGGUUCUUGAGAGGAAUUUAAAACACACGGACAGCAUUUCCAUCUCAGAUCUACCGCGAAUGGAUGCAAUGGCAAGUCCAGGCAAAGAAAACUACAGAAUGAAGAGCUACAAGAAUAAAGCCCUGAACCCCCAAGAAAUGCGGAGACGGAGAGAGGAGGAGGGCAUACAGCUUCGCAAACAGAAGAGGGAGGAGCAGCUGUUUAAAAAGAGAAAUGUUUGUCUACCACCUGGUGAUGAGUCCAUGCUAGAAUGUCCCAUUCAGGACCCCGACAUCAGCUCCACUGUACCUGUAUCAGGUGAAGGAGUUAUUACCCAAGAUGUGAUCCAGAUGAUCUUCUCAGAUGAUCCAGACCAGCAGUUAAUAGCCACUCAAAGGUUCAGAAAGUUGCUCUCUAAAGAGCCCAAUCCUCCUAUCGACGAGGUCAUCCACACACCUGGUGUUGUAAACCGAUUUGUAGAAUUUCUAAGAAGGAACGAUAACUGCACCCUGCAGUUUGAAGCAGCCUGGGCCCUGACCAACAUUGCAUCUGGGACCUUUUUACACACCAAGUUUGUCAUUGAGACAGGAGCUGUGCCCAUCUUCAUAGAGCUGCUUAACUCGGAAAAUGAGGAUGUACAAGAGCAGGCGGUGUGGGCGUUAGGGAAUAUUGCCGGGGAUAAUUCCGAAUGCAGAGACUACGUCCUUGACUGUAGCAUCUUACCGUCUCUUCAACAGUUGCUUGCAAAAUCAAAUCGGCUCACCACCACCCGUAACGCAGUGUGGGCCCUGUCUAACCUGUGCAGAGGCAAAAAUCCCCCUCCAGAAUUUGCAAAGGUGUCGCCCUGUUUGAGUGUGUUGUCCAGAUUGCUCUUCAGCAGUGAUCCUGAUGUUCUCGCGGAUGCCUGCUGGGCACUUUCAUACCUGUCCGAUGGGCCCAACGACAAAAUCCAGACUGUCAUUGAUUCAGGAGUUUGCCGACGGCUGGUGGAGCUGCUCAUGCACAGUGAUUAUAAGGUUGUUUCCCCUGCACUGAGAGCAGUGGGAAACAUUGUAACAGGAGAUGAUAUUCAGACCCAGGUGAUCCUGAACUGCUCCGCUCUGCCCUGCCUUCUCCACUUACUCAGCACUCCAAAGGAGUCCAUCAAAAAAGAAGCCUGCUGGACCGUCUCCAACAUCACAGCUGGGAACCGAGCGCAAAUCCAGACGGUGAUCGAUGCUAACAUCUUCCCAGUGCUCAUUGAUAUUUUGCAAAAGGCAGAGUUCCGUACCAGAAAGGAGGCGGCGUGGGCCAUUACCAACGCCACGUCUGGAGGCACGCCAGAGCAGAUCAGGUACCUGGUAUCUCUUAACACCAUAAAGCCCAUGUGCGACUUGCUGACGGUGAUGGACACCAAGAUUGUGCAGGUGGCUCUGAACGGCCUGGAGAACAUCCUCCGACUAGGAGAACAGGAGUCCAAACAAAAUGGAACCGGGAUAAACCCGUACUGUGCCCUCAUUGAAGAAGCUUACGGCUUGGACAAGAUUGAGUUCCUGCAGAGCCACGAAAACCAGGAGAUUUACCAGAAGGCCUUUGACCUGAUCGAGCACUACUUCGGGGUGGAGGAGGAAGACGCCAGCAUCGCCCCGCAGGUGGAUCAAGAUCAGGCGCAGUACAUUUUCCAACAGCCUGAGGCGCCAAUGGAGGGAUUCCAACUCUAAUCCUUAUCCUGAGUUGCCGGCCAGGAUUACAGGCCUUGUUUUCAUCAUCCAUCCUGCCUGGAGUCUCCCUUCCUAGUCUGUAGCGCAGCGCCUCGGUUGCAGCCUUGCUUCAGAUACGGGAGCUCUAUAGCCGCUCCCACCAGAGAUGAUGUCUCCCCAACCUCACCCCAGUCCAAUAAAUCUUCCAUGUUCAACCCGCCCAUCUUCCAAGCUCCCUUGUUGCGUGAAAGGGUUUGAGGAUGACAAUGCUCAUAGACUGUAGUUUAAGUCUAGUAAGGGGUUUAUCAAAAGCUUUUUAUUGUUAUUGUCAUAUUAUUAGACUUUGGCACUGGUGUCCUAUUAAGGAAUCUUCAUGUCCCUUCAGAAAUGGGAAGCUACCUCGUAAUAUCAGAAGUGUGGACCAAGCACCCAGCGUUUGACAGUUCUCUUGUGGAGUAAGUGUGCUUCUAUGCAAAGGAUGUGUGUGGCGAGUCCACAAGGUGCUGUUUGGAUGGAUUGGGUUGCAUCAGAUGAAUUCUUGUGACUUUGGCAUGCCAUCAAACCUACCGCUUAUGUCAUGCCGUGUUUGUUAACAAACAAACAUGAGUCCUGAGCGCACAUCGAGGCUACUACACUAUUUAUUUUCAUUUUCGUUUACUAGAAUGGUCGAGCUUGUUAUCUGAGAGAUACAGAGGGGUAUUUAUUGUGCUGUCGAAUGAAACUGGUCACUGUUCGGAGACCAGCCCACUGCUGAUGCAGUCCAAGCUUUCUGGAAAACUGUGCAUGCAGUUAUUUAAGCGUGGUCACAUGAUCACCGCAAUGCAUUUGAAUGUUUGCAUAUCUUUGUUUGGUUAAGUUUGUUUUGAUGUUUCUUUUCUGCAGCUUGUUUCUCAUCUCAUCCAAAGUUUUUAAUUUGAUCUAUACAAUGUUUGACAUUAUCGAAGAAGUAAGAUUAAGUUAAAACGUAUAUUAUAUAUACAAUGAUGAUAGAGGGAAAAACAAGUUUUUGAUGAUGUGGUGUGGCAAGGUUUGAUAUACCAUGAAAUACUAAUCAGUUAGUGGAGAUGCUGAUUUCUGUUGUAAAAUGUGAGCUUUUCCUCAUAUGCCACCUCUCGAAUUUCCUUUAAGGAACUUGUUGCCUAAUUCUCGUGUAAUUCUUUUCUUCCCAGUUGAAUUUUUGCAAUCGUACACCUACCCAUCAGAAAACUUGCUCUCCAUUUCUUUUAAGAAGCUAUGACUUCCUUUUAUGUUCUGCCCAUGCAUUACCUGCCCCUGUGUUUCACUGAAAACAAGUUUAAUGGAUCCUAACAAGGAAUUAAUCAUGGGGAGUAUUUACGGAAACAUUAUGAUUGUAAAAUGAAACUUUAUCGAGCACAUUCAGUUGUGUAUAGUUUUGUAAUAUUUCUCAUACAUGUUUAUUGUUUGUACAAUGUUUUCUAAGUUUGGGUUGCUUUUUUCGCAUUAGAAAAAUAUGUGUUUAAGUUAUCAUUGGUACAGAUUUACAGUAUAGGAGAGGUCAUCGCUUUCCUCAGACAAAUGUUGAUAUUGUGUGAAAUGAUGUAGACAAAUAAACAGCGCGUUCUGUUACACAUUGAAA